GCCUAUGCAUAGGCAAUAAAAAAGCUUUCCGUCAUACCGAGCAUAGUUUUCAAUUUGGUUUAAAUGGGAAAAGGAGAGAAAAAAGGAAAACGCAAGCCGAUACUACUCGGUGACCCGAAUGUCUUCUCAGUGGACCGUAUUUUACGGCAAAGGAAAGUCGGAACAAAGUUUGAAUACUUCGUCAAAUGGUCUGGUUAUCCAGACUCUGAAAAUUCGUGGGUUAGCCAGUUCGACAUAACACCCGAUUUGAUCGAAGAAUUCAAACGAAAGGAAGGUGGAGAUCCGGUGAAUACUUCACAUAUCGACCAUAAUCGCCAAAAUGACUCCUACUUCGAAGAAGGAAUUCAUAACAUGGGUUUCAACAUGCAGAUGCAGUCUCCUUCCGAAGAUUUUCAGUUAUUUUUCUCGUCCACUGGUCAUGCACCUAGGAAAAAAUGAUUUCUUUCAAAAUGCACUCGAAGUGGCAGCUUCAAAGUUCGAAUGUGUGUUUGUUGAAGUACUAGAUUUUUGAUCAAAACUACGUCUUGUUUCAAAUAAACAUCGAAAUUAAG